AUGAAUAGUAAAAUACAAGUUAUAUCCAUAAAUAAUGAAAAUCUAUAUGUAUAAAAUUUUGAUUAUUCAGGUAGAUAAAGAAAUAAUCACAAAAUCACCUAUAUUGAAAUAGAUUUUAGAUAGAUCCGAAAAUUAUGAAAUUUCUAUUGAUAUUCAAUAUGAUAUUUUGGAAACGAUAUUUACAUUCUAUGAGAACCAUAAAAAUGAAAAAGAAAUAGUAAAAACUGGUCCACUUGAAAAAUAAUCGAAUUUUUAAAAUCUGAUAAACAAAAAAGAUUAUUAGAUGCUUGAAAAACUAAGUUUAUAAAAACAAUAGUAAUUAAUAUAAGUCUGUUAUGAUUUGUAAUAUAAUUAAUUAUUAAAUAUUGCAUGCGCAUCGCUCGCUAAUAAAUUACAAUGUAAUUGAUAUAUUUAAUAUUAAUGAUAGAUAUGGAUACUAUGGCUAUUCGAUAAAUGUUUAAUAUCUAACAAGAUUAAAGUAAAGAGAAAUUAGAAAGAAUAUCGUUAGAAAAUAAGUGGUUGAAGGAAUGA